AUGCCGCCCUCAGCAGGCAGAAAACCGAAUGAGCUUGAGGCAAAGCUGCAUCAUGCUGCCUUGCAAGCCUCCCGACCUUUGACGCAGAAGGAGAUCGACAUACUCGCUCCAGAUGCAAAACCACGAACAGGAGCAAUAAACUUUUUACUUGGAGCGGGAAUGAUAAAAGUGAUGAAGGACAACAGUGGAGGUCUGUUGUACCGUGCAGUGACGAAAGAAGAGGUAGAUAUGAAGAAGGGCAUGAGUGGAGAGGAGUCGAUGGUCUUGAGUCAUAUCCAGUCAGCAGAGAACCAAGGCAUAUGGACGAAGCACUUGAAAGUCAAGACAGAAUUACACCAAACCGUCCUUGACCGCUGCCUCAAGCAGCUUGUCCAGAAAGGGAUAAUAAAAGCUGUCAAGGGUAUGGUGAAGUAUCCAACGCGAAAAAUCUAUAUGAUGGCACACCUUGAGCCAUCUGUGGAACUGACCGGCGGCCCCUGGUACACCGAUAACGAGCUUGAUACUGAAUUUAUCAAGCUGCUCUGUACAGCCUGCUUGCGCUUCAUCCAGGAUCGUAGCUUGCCGAAGCACAAGCUCUCAGACGACAUACCGGCUUCUUCAAGACCCUUAUACCCCAUCUCUAGCGCACCACCAUAUCCCAACUGUCAGCAAGUCCUAAGCUUUCUCAGUAAAAGCAAAAUCACAGAGACUCAGUUGAGUGAGGAGCACGUCGAUAUGCUCCUGAACGUCCUUGUGCUUGAUGGUGAAGUAGAGAAGCUGCCCUCCUAUGGUGCAUCUUUAUGGAUCGCAGACGAUGACGAUGACGCACCAUCCGCCGCCUCUUCCUCAGAGCCCGAUUCAGACGACGAUUCAGACGACGAUGCGAAGCAGAAAAAACGAAAACGAAAAAACGGACUCUCCAGUCGGAAACGCAAAAAGCAUCGAGCUGAAGAUGAGAUGUCCACAGAUGAACACACGACGAGUCCUAGGAAGAAAGCGAAGGGUAAGAGGGCGGAGAAAGAGGUAAAGGGAAAAAAACGGAAGAGAAGUAUGAGCGAUUCCGAGGGGGAGGUGAGCGAAAGCGAAAGAGAGCUGAAGAAGAAGCGGAAAAAGAGAAAAAAAGCAGACGACAGCGAGAGCAGUGAUGAGGGAAGCGAAGAGGAUCGCUCCAAGCGCAAGUCGCGUUCCAAGUCCAAGAAGCGCAUAGCAUCGCCCGAUGAAUCAGCCACCGAGUCCGACUCAGAUUCGGACUCUGACGACUCGACAUCACGCCGGAAACGUUCACGAUCCAAGUUGAAAUCGUCAAAGUCAAAGUCAUCAAAAUCUAAGCCAUCCUCUUCUCGCAAGAAAUCGCGCGCACGCUCAUCUUCUCCUGUCAGAGGGCCACAGCUGGACAAUGCUUUUGCGGGAAGUGCAUACGUAUACCGUGCGGUGCGACAGGAGCGUGUCGCGUUGGGAUGGGCAGAAGCGCCUUGCGCGCGGUGCCCAAUCUUCGAUUUCUGUCGGGAUGGAGGGCCGGUUGGUCCAAGGCAGUGUGAAUACUACGGCAGCUGGCUUGCUCGGGGAGCUGUUGCUGUUGAGGAUUAG